AUGGCUGUAUUGAAAAUGUUGUCAAAGAAAGCAAGUUCCGACUCUCAUGGCCAAGACUCAUCCUACUUCCAAGGGUGGAUAGAAUACGAAAAGAAUCCUUAUGACCAAGAUAAAAAUCCAAAUGGCAUCAUUCAGAUGGGACUUGCAGAGAAUCAGCUCUCCUUUGACCUUGUUGAGUCAUGGCUUGAAAGCAAUCCACAUGCACUGGAGCUGAAAAGAAAUGAAGAAUCCGUUUUCAGAGAGUUGGCUCUCUUUCAAGACUACAACGGCUUCCCUGCUUUCAAGAAUGCGUUGGUUGAGUUCUUGGCGGAAAUGAGAGGAAACAAAGUAAAAUUUGAUCCGAACAAGAUUGUGCUCACCGCGGGUUCAACUCCUGCCAAUGAGACCUUUAUGUUUUGCCUUGCCGAUCCUGGUGAAGCCUUCCUCAUCCCCACUCCAUACUACCCAGGGUUUGAUAGAGAUCUCAACUGGCGUACCGGAGUUGAAAUCGUUCCAAUACAUUGCACAAGUGCAAGUGGAUUCAGAAUCACUGAAUCUGCAUUGGAGGAGGCCUACCAACGUGCCCAAAAAGUUAAAGGAGCAUUGUUCACAAAUCCUUCAAACCCCUUAGGCACAACAGUGAAUCGACUUGAGCUCAACCACAUCAUCGAUUUCACCAUUGCAAAAGAAAUACACAUAGUAAGCGAUGAAAUAUACUCGGGAACAGCUUUCAACUACCCCAGUUUCCUAAGCAUCGCAGAAGCUCUAACUGAAAGAAACCUAGAAGAGGCCGAAAUAUGGAAUGGAUGUCACAUUGUGUACAGCCUCUCUAAGGAUUUUGGCUUACCGGGUUUCCGAGUAGGCAUGCUUUACUCCAACAACCUAACAGUUGUGUCCGCAGCCACGAAGAUGCCAAGCUGUGGACUUAUCUCCUCACAAACUCAAUACAUGCUUUCCGAGAUGCUGAAAGACAAGAAAUUCAGAACCAAUUACAUGGAGGGGAAUCAAAAGAGGCUUAAAGAGAGAAAGGAGAUGCUUGUCUGUGGGCUCAAAGGGGCAGGGAUUAGGUGUUUGGAAAGCAAUGCUGGGUUAUUUUGCUGGGUGGACAUGAGGCACCUGAGGUCCAACACUUUUGAAGCUGAAAAGGAGCUUUUUUUUAGAGUGGUUUGUGAAUUCGGGUUGAAUAUCUCUCCCGGGGCUUCAUGUCAUUGCUCUGAACCCGGUUGGUUUAGAGCGUGCUUCGCAAACAUGUCUGAAGAAACACUGACGGUCGCAAUGCAACGAGUCCAUUCCCUUGUGGACUCCAGUACCAUUGUUCAUAAGCAGUUAGUAAUGACUAAACCCAGGUGCUUAAAGAACAAGUGGAGGCUUCAUACGAUGGUAAGAGAUUAA